AAAUCCUCCAAAUCUGAAAUAAAUCGAAAAGAGAGUGUGAUUGAAUCCAAAAAUCAAUUCGAAACCAGCACAUAUAAGAAAGAUUCAUGAAAAAAAGUUAAUAAUCUCUUUCAACUCUAGAAGAUAUCACAAUUGCUCGUAGAUACAUCGAAAAAAGAGAGUAACUGAAUCGGAAAAUCAAAACGACACCAGCAAACAAAAGAAGAGAAUUUCACAAAAAGUUGUUGUAGAAGCAUACACAUGGCGGAGGCUGCGGUCUUAGGGAUGAUACAAGAUCUCGAGAGGUUCCCUCCUAAACGUACAGAUGUCUCCGAGCGUUCGAUGUUUGAGAAAAAAAUUGUAGUGCUGAAAGAUAUGUUGGAUUUCAUGAGAGACUUGAAAAUGGAAGACAGGAGCAAGCUAAGACAUUUCAUGGCCGACUUGGUCGAGUGGGCUGAACGUGUCAAGUACAUGGGCCUUUAUGAUUACGAAAUGCAUUACAUGUUAGAGAAUCUCCAAGACGAGAUCAAGAUAAUAAAGAUGCGGAUGAUAAACUUUGUAGCUGAUGAGAAAAAUAUUGGAGACGAAGAAGCAGAAGAAGAAGAGGAAGAAGUUGUGGUGGGGUUGGAGAAAGACGUGAAGCAGUUGCUUGACCGAGCGAUUUUGAAAAAAUCUAAUGAGUUAGAGAUUUAUUCUAUAAAAGGCAUGACUGGUAUCGGGAAGACAACUCUCGCCAGACAAGUGUACAAGGCCGGGGCUAGCAAGUUCCAGCGUCACGCCUGGGUAUCCAUUUCUAGUGGCACUAGUAAGAAAGAGAUACUUAUGAAACUGAUACAGCAAAUGGUGGUUGGACAUGAAAGAGAUCCGUCAUUGGAAGAAAUGGACAACCGAAGUCUCCAACAGAUGCUUCGCCAACAACUGGAAGGCAUGUUAUAUUUCAUAGUGUUGGAUAAUGUGCUGGAAGGAAGGGAAUUGUCUUACAUCUUGCAAGCUCUUCCAUCUCAAGGUGCAGACCGCACUGGAAGCAAGUUGCUGUUAACAUGUCGCCAUGAUAUUAGAAACUCCUAUGUCAGUAGUACUCAUAGGGUCAAAUAUAUUCAUGAGAUGAAUGCUUUGGAUUCUGAUAAGAGCUGGAAAUUGUUUGUGAAAACAAUAGAGAAAUUUACAAGUGAUGAGAACAAAUUCACAAAGGAGUUAGAGAGGAAGGGCAGAGAGAUGUUGAAAAAAUGUGGCGGUUUGCCAAUGGCUAUAAUAAAUGUUGCAAGGCAGAAAGCAAAACAAAGACUUUCGGGGAUUGAAUGGGAAGAGCUUUUUGAUUCAAUUGAUUUGAGUGAAUCAUUGAAGUUAUUGGAACUGAUGUAUCAUGAAUUGGGAAAACAUCUCAAGUCAAAGUUCUUGUAUUUGUCCCUUUUUAAGGAAAAUGCAGUGAUUAGAGAAGAAAAGUUGGAUCAGAUUUGGGCUGCAAAUGGAUUAGAUAGUAAAGGAGAUAUAGGGCCUUUUCAAGAACGUGAGGGUUUUGCUCAUAGAUCGAUUCUUGAAGUUGUCAAGCAGCAAUUUCAGAAAAGAAAGUAUCGCCUCAAUCCUCUAUUACACAUGAUAUCAAUCAAAAAAGCAGAAGAGGAAAUGGGCUUAGAGAUAUUAAGGAGCAACGUAAACAGUAGGCCCUCUCAGAAUGCCCGUCAUCGUGUUGUCCAUUGUGGUAGAGACAAGUUUAAUCAUUUCACGAAUGACGAUGGAAAAAAACUUAUUUCUCUCGUCUUCCAUGGAGGUGGUGGCUACUUGGACGAUACUAGCUCGUCUUAUUGGGAGAGUUUUGAAUCACUCAAAAUACUUGACAUGGAAGAUUUUGGGGUGAAGACUUUAUCCGAAAAUAUUGGAGCAUUGAUUGAGUUAAGAUACUUGGGAUUGAGAAACAACUACAUACAAGAGAUCCCACACUCGUUGGGAGGCUUGAAAAAUCUUGAGGCUCUUGAUAUAGCACAGAACUUUAUGGUGGAGGUCCCGGAUAUUAUGUGGGAAAUGGACAGCCUUCGUGAUGUCCAAAUGUCUAAUGUGAUUUUCCGGAAGCCUUUGAAAGUAGAUGCCUUAACGAAUCUGAAUAGCCUAACCUACAUCUCGAUUUAUGAUUGGACAAAUGAGGUAUGUGGCUUGGAGACAAUGUUAGGACUCCAAACUUUGGGCAUUGAAGAAGUUGAUGAAAACUCGGAUUUAGGCACGCUCUUUGCAUCUCUAGCUAAGGCUCCGGAAACCCUAUCGUUUUAGAAGCAUGCCGUGUUUGGAUGAAAUUGGUGUUUUGAAAAGACUUAGGGUACUAAAACUAGAUGGGCGUAUAAGUAGGCUACCAAGUGCAGAUAACAUACCUCAUGCGAUUGAGUACAUAGCAUUGGUAAAUACUCGUCUUCCUGAAGACCCCAUGCCAGUAUUGGAGGAGCUCUAUUUCCUAAGACACCUCAAACUGCGAAAUGCAUACACUGGUCGAGAAAUGGUGAUCCUACAUCGUGGAUUUCCCAGUCUCAAAGUGCUUUGCGUCAAUGAAUUGUGGAAUCUUAGAAAGAUUCAAGUUGCUGAUGAUGCAAUGCCGGGUCUCAAGAAACUAGAAAUCAAUAACUGUCAACAGCUGGAGACACUCCCAGAACAGAUAUCGAGGGAAUGGAGAUAUAAAACAUUUAUGAUGUAUGAACUGGAAGAGUUUAAGAUGGUAACAACCAAACACAUUGCAACGAAGAUCAGAAAUUCAGGUUUGACCUCUGAAAUUUGUGUGGAGGAUAUCUAUCCAUAAUAUGAAGUGGAUAUAUCUAUCAGUCUUCAGUGGACAAAAUACAUUAGAAAGAUACAAGUUGUAGAGGGCCAUGACCAGGCAUCGCUGCAAAGAUCAUCGACCACAGUAUCUUGAAGAUUUUGUCUACGAUUGUUUCGUUGAGUUAUCCUUUGUUUUUGGUAUCUAAUUAGUUUCUAUGUAUCAAGUCGAGCAUAAUUAUAUGUUCCAUUCCGGGUUUUCUUUGUCGGUUCUUUCCCUGGAUGCAAAAGAGAGUCAAACCGCAUCCCAAUUAAUAAGUAGUACAAUAUUAUUUGUCAAUUU